AUGGAGAACUUCGGAUCAAUAUUACAAUUCGUAUCUGCAUCUCGUGAGCAGGACAUAGACACCAUGAUGGAGUGCGUACCAGUUAGCGCAACCCUGCUGGGCACUAUGAUAAAAAUGAUAAAUCACAACAAUAACAGAAAAAGGUUUGAAAAUAUAUUUAACCUCAUGGCCGAACUAUGGGAGACUGCAGAGACCAAUGGCGAAGUGCACGUCUUGAACGAAAUCACGGAGCAAGGAAGUAAAAUGGGCAGUUUGUAUAGAAAGAGUAUAUGGGGAUUUGUAAUGCUAUUUCUAUGUGUUCCAUUGUUUUAUCCCCUUCUGGAUUACGUUGUACCAUUAAACGAAACUCGACCAAAGGCACCCUUAUUUAAACUGAAUUACUUGGUAAACACGGACGAUUAUUUUUACACCGUGUAUUUUCAUAUAGCCUUGUGUUGUCUAAUUACCGUGUUGAUUGUGACCACUAUAGAUUCGUUGUAUAUAGUUAUCAUACAUUACACCUGUGGAUUAUUUGCUGUAUGCGGGCAUCAGGUUAAAAAAGCAGCGGAGAUCGAGGGGAGAAAUUCGCAUUCAAGGGGUAGAAACCAAGAUCUGCUUAAGCGCUGCGUGAUUACGCAUUACAAAGCCAUCAGAAAUCACUUGAUUUGUUACACGUUAAGAUUUCACGAGUAUAUGGAGGAGAGUACUCGUAUGAGUUACCUGUUUGAGGUUUGCUUAAACAUGAUUGGCAUGACUGUAACUGCCGUUCAAACAGUUAUGUACUUCGACAAACCGGAGGAAGCUUUCCGAAUCGUUAUGUUCCUGUUAGGUCAACAAUUUCACCUGUACAUCAUAAGUCUCCCUGGCCAAAUGCUGAUAGACCAAAGUUUGCAAUUGGUUAACGAUAUAUACUUUUCCAAGUGGUACCAAAUGCCAGUGCAGUUCGAGAGGACGCUUCACAUAAUGCUAAUCAGGUGCAGCAGACCGUGUAAGCUGACGGCUGGAGGAUUGUACGAAAUGAACAUCGAGAACUUCGGAUCAAGAAAUGAAAGACAGACGUACGACGUGUCCCGAAUACCCUGUCUCAGAGUAUUCAAAAAGUUAUUGAUGUACAUGGGACAGUAUCCAUGUCAAACUAAAAUAAAUAGUCAAAUUAGGGUGACCCUGUUGAUUGUCACAUUAAUCAGCCUCCUACUUCCAGGAGUAAGUAUUAACAAUCAAGAAGUGUUACAGUUUUUAUCGGCAAUGCAGGAACAGGACAUAGACACGAUGAUGGAAUGCGUACCAAUUAGCGCAACCGUCUUGGGUACUAUGAUAAAAAUGAUAUCUCACAACAGUAACAAAAAAAAGUUUGAAAAUUUAUUUAACCUCAUGGCCGAAGUGUGGGAGACUGCAGAGAAUAAUGGCGAAGUACACGUUCUGAACGAAAUCACGGAGCAAGGAAGUAAAAUGGGCAGUUUGUAUAGAAAGAGUAUAUGGGGAUUUGUUUUGGUGUACCUGGGCGUUCCACUGUUCUAUCCCAUCAUGGAUUUUGUCGCGCCAUUAAACGAAACUCGACAAAAACCACUAUUAUUUAAACUGAAUUACAUGGUAAACACCGACGAUUAUUUUUACACUAUCUAUGUUCAUAUAGUCUGGUGUUCUAUAAUUAUCGUGUUGAUUGUGACCACCAUAGAUUCGUUGUAUAUAGUUAUCAUUCAUUACACCUGCGGACUAUUUGCUAUAUGCGGGCAUCAGGUUAAAAAGGCUGUAGAGAUCGAGGGAAGGAAUAUGCAUUCAUCGGACAGAAACCAAGAUCUGCUUAAGAGCUGCGUGAUUAUGCAUUACAAAGCCAUCAGAUUUCACGAGUAUAUGGAGGAGAGUACUCGUAUGAGUUACCUGUUUGAGAUUUGCUUAAACAUGAUUGGCAUCACUGUAACUGCCGUUCAAACUGUUAUGUACUUCGACAAACCGGAGGAUGCUUUCCGAACUGUUUUGUUCCUGCUGGGUCAGCAAUUCCAUAUCUACAUCAUAAGUGUUCCUGGUCAAAUGCUGAUAGACAAAAGCUUGCAAUUGGUCAACGAUAUAUACUUUUCCAGUUGGUACCACAUACCAGUGCAGCUUGAAAAGACGCUUCACAUAAUGCAAAUUAGGAGCUGCAGACCGUGCAAGCUGACGGCUGGAGGAUUGUACGAAAUGAACAUGGAGAACUUCGGAUCAAUUGUCAAAACCAGCUUGUCGUACUUCACGGUCCUGCUAUCGUUCAGGGAUUGA